AUGAAGAUCAUCCAUAAAGAUUAUAUUCGCGGCGGCCCUGGCAGCGUGAAGAUGAUUCCAGAUGAAGCAGAUGAUAUGUGGAUCGCUUACAAUUUAAUAACUAAAGGUGAUUAUAUUCAUGCUCUGACUGUUAGAAAAGUAAUGAGAGAGGCGAGUUCUGGAAGAAAGGAUGUGGAGCGAGUAAAACUGGAGUUGGAAAUCAAAGUAGAGGCAGUGGAUUAUGAAAAAGAAGCAUCCCUCAUACGUCUACGUGGAAAAAAUACUUCGGAAAACGAGCAUGUUAAGAUAGGCGCACAUCAUACAUUGGAACUAGAGGUUCAUAGACCCUUUGUGCUAAGAAAGAAUGUGUGGGAUACCUUGGCAUUGGACAUGCUUGAUCAAGCAGCAGAUCCUGCUGCGACUGCUGAUCUAGCAGUGAUAAUAAUGCAAGAGGGACUUGCACACAUACUUUUGGUUGGUAAAAGUGUAACCAUCACCUGUUCUCGAAUACAAGUUUCGAUUCCUCGGAAACAUGGAGGUGCUGUUUCUGGAUAUGAAUCUGCAUUGAAAACUUUUUUCGACAACGUUACACAGGCUUUCCUGAAUCACGUUGAUUUCGAUGUGGUCCGCUGUGCUGUGAUUGCAAGUCCUGGAUUUACCAAGGAUCAGUUUUACCGUCACCUGUUGCUGGAAGCUGAAAGAAGGCAGAUGACAUAUAUUAUAAAGAACAAGUCGCGCAUACUUGUGGUGCAUACUACUUCAGGAUACAAGCAUAGCUUGAAGGAGGUUCUGGAUGCACCAAACAUAAUGAAUAUGAUAAAGGAUACCAAGGCAGCGAAAGAGAUCCGCGUCCUCGACGAGUUCUUCAGCAUGCUAUCAAAUGAUUCAGAUCGUGCAUGUUAUGGUCCUAAACAUGUAGAAAUUGCUCAUGAGAGAAUGGCAGUCCAAACGCUACUUAUCACGGAUGAACUAUUCACGAGUGCUGAUGUUGCAACAAGGAAAAAAUAUAUCAGCUUGGUGGACUCUGUCAAAAGUUGUGGGGGAAGUGCGCAUAUAUUCUCGUCCUUGCAUGUCUCAGGGGAGCAAUUAGCGCAGCUCACUGGCAUUGCUGCUAUCCUUCGCUUCCCACUACCUGAUCUUGAUGACAUUGUAAUGUGA